AUGAGCGAAGACGCUCUGUCAACCCAUCAUGAGGAAUGGACGGCCGUACUGGCUCACAUCCCACAGGGCACCGCUGUCGACAGCACAUCAGGCGAGCGACUCAACGAGGGAGCGAAUGGCACCCUAACCAAGCAUUUCCACGAGCACCACAACGAGCACCACUAUGGCCACGACAGCAGAGCUGCCAAUUUUCGCGAGGCACCCUUUUCGUCCGUGGCAGGUGUUAACUCUGUUCUCCUCAUUGGCGUAGAGCCUCCCAAGUUCUCCCUCUCUACUACAGCAAUCCCAAAACACCACAACGAAAUCCCCAUACGCGUCUACGUCGCGAACACGGAGAGCUCCCGGGUGCUGGCCUGA